UCGUCUUCCCCCGUCCCCCCCAUGGCCCGCGGCGGAGAGCGGGCAGGGCGGUGCGGCGGGCGCUGGCUGCCCUGGCUGGGGCUCGCCCUGCUGCCGCUGGCCGUGCCCCCCGCCGCCGCCCCCGCCGGCUGCCCGGCCGCCUGCUACUGCGUGACCACCCCGGAGCUGGUGCAGUGCCGCUACGAGAGGCUGGAGGAGCUGCCGAGGGAGCUGCCGGUGACCGUGCGCAACCUCAGCAUCGCCGGCAGCAACCUGAGCGCGCUGCCCCGCGCCGCCUUCGCCGCCCGCCCGCUGCCCGAGCUCCGCCUGCUCCGCCUGCACAGCGACAACAUCCAGGUCGUCGAGGACAUGGCUCUGCAAGGGCUGCCCGCCCUGCACACCCUCGACCUGAGCCACAACCCGCUGCUCUCGGUAGCGCCGGGCGCUUUCUCGGGGGCGCCGCUGCUGCGCACGCUGCAGCUGAACCAGGCGCUGCUGGCCGCGCCGCUGGAGGAGCAGCUCGCCCUGGCCGUGCGCAACCUCAGCCUGCGGCGCCUGGAGCUGGGGGGCAAUGCCCUGCGAGCGCUGCCCACCGCCCUGCUGCCCGCGGGGCUGGAGGAGCUGGACCUGCGGAACAACUCCCUGCAGCGCCUGACGGCCGCCGAGCUGCGGAGCCUCGACGCUCCGGGCUUGCGGGGUCUGCGGCUCACCUUGGGGGCCAACCCGCUGAGCUGCGACUGUGCCCUGCGCCCCUUUCUCGCCUGGCUUCGCGCCACCACCGCCCGCGUGCCUGAUGCCCGCAGCCUGCGCUGCAGCGGGCCCUCGCCGCUGCGCGGGACUGCGCUGCUGCGCCUGCGGCCUGACGGGCUGGUGUGCACGGGCAGCGAGGGCAGCGAGCCCGGGCAGCUGGAGACGGCCUCGUACGUGUUCUUCGGCAUCGUCUUGGCCCUCAUCGGCAUCGUCUUUCUCAUGGUGCUCUACCUGAACCGACGCGGCAUCAAGCGUUGGCUGCACAACCUGCGCGAGGCUUGUCGCGACCAGAUGGAGGGCUACCACUACCGCUACGAGCAGGAUGCCGAUCCCCGACGUACCAGCGCCGUCAGCACCCCUGGGCUCUGACGGCACCCUUGACAUCCCAUUCUUAUCCCUCCAUGAUCCACCUGCCAUGCCACCCCUCAACACCUCCGCUCUUGGCAUCCACAUUACCAAAGCCCCAGCCCCAUCUCCCUGCCAUGGCACCACUGAAAAUUGGUUGCUGAGGACAAGCCGGACACAGGGAUGGGUGCCGGGGCACAUCACAGUAGGGCGCACUCUCCUCAGAGGGCUCCGGACUGGCACUUCCUGCCCAGGCCCUACUAGACUCUGGAGAGGACCAGGAUGGAUCCGUUCCCCCCAUCCCGGUGCCCAUGGGCAGGGGGAAGCACAUCCAGAUUGAUCCCACAGGAUGCUGGCACAUGCAGCCCCAGUGCUCCCGGGAGGAUUAUGAGCCGCUUCCUGUGUCUCCCCUCCAGCAGCGAGUUUCUUCAGCAGACUGUGGGAUGCCACGCUGUCGGCAGGGCUCAGCACCGAGUGCACGUGAGUGUUGGCUUGGCACAUCCAAGGAAGCAGCUGAAAAUACCUGAAACUGUCCUGGAUGUUCCUGGAGCCUGGGCUUGACUUUGACCAUGUACAGUUCUCUUUCCUAUUAGAUUUCUAUUUGACAGGUGCAAAACUUAUCUUGAUUUCUUUUUUCUUUUCCUUUAUUUUUUUUCUUCAAACACAGAGGAAAACACACCGUCCAGCUGCUCCCCCCAAGAAGCAAUAUGCUUUUCUGAGCCCAUUUAUCCAUUUGAUUUUGUUCAAUGACAUUUCCAUCUCCUUCCAGGCACAAAACGAUGCAGCUGUGUAGGAAACGCCUCCGCCGGUUGCGUGCAUGUUCCCCAGGGCACGCAGGGGUAUCUCUUUUCUGACUCUAAAAUAUAUCCUAGACUAGGCUGUCUCAGCACUUUGUAAUUUAAAACGAGCGAAGCAAAAGCUCUCGAUCUAGUUCAGCCGCCCGUGUUUGCUUUAGAACUGUGCCUGUUACUAUAUCCUAGAGCAAAUAUAUUGAAAGCUGCAUCCACUUUAUCGUCUAUUUUCCGUAAAGCUUCUUGCAAUGAUUUCCGAGUGUCCCCCUGACUCAGGCAAUGCCGUUGCAAUUUCUUUGCUGGAGGAAGGCAGCUGUGGUCUCCUCUGUAGUUUUGCUGGUGCUCAGAAACUUCUUUGCUUGGGCUGGUUUGGUGGCCAGAGAUGCAUAAAGGUUUUGCAUGGCUUGUGCACAGAGCUCAGGCUCUGCCAGUCCUAGUCCUGGUCCUUCCCUGGUAGUGGGGCAGGGGUUUGGGAAAAUGGUCCAGGUACUAGGUUUCUAAAGCAGGUUUUAUCUCCUAGGUGGUUUGGUACCUAAUUCUUGAGAUACCAGAGUACUGAGCAUCUACACAUAUGGGGGGUUGGGAGGGGGGGAUGGUACCAACAGCAUUACCCUGAAAUGAAGCCGUAGCUUUUGCAAAGUAGUAUCUUAAAAUGCUGAAUUUCACUGCUGGGCUGAAAACCUAAGUGUUGCAUUUGAUACAUCUGUGUUUGCCUUUCUCCAUCCCAGGAGGCUGGUACGAGCAAGUGGGAAAGGGUAAGGAUGGGGGCUGCAUCCUCACUGCCUACGAUCAUGCUAGGGCCAGCACUGAUGUUUGCUGGGUGCUUUGGUAUCCUUGACAUGAGGAGCAGCAGGUACCCAGUGUGUUUGGUUUGUAAAUAAGAGUUUUGUUGGAUUUAUGGUCCCCUGAGCCUCUGUGUAUGUGCAUAUCCAGCUCCUACGCCAGACAGAAAUCUCUGCCAGGGCAAAGCACAGUUAUUUCCAUCCCAGGUGUGCCCAGAGACUCUGGGAAUGAUGAGACCUGGUGUAGGGUCCUUUGCAUUUUUUCCUCUGUACAUUUUCUUCCCUUUCAUGCCCAUGGUCAAGGUGGGCAAACCGGUAGGGAAAGGAACUGGGAGAUGUGCAGAGCCGUGCAUCUGGGCUGUGUUCAGGUAGGGAUACAGCACUGGGAGUCAUGAUUAGUUUCCUGGGUGCUCUGGGCUGGUCCUGCUAAGCAAGGAACUAGUUUGCCAGCGGAGCCAGGUAUUGGCUCUGUCCCAGUUCCUGGUGAAGCCCCAGAGACCCCACAGUUCAGGUCAUCAGAGAUGAGUUUCUCUGGCAGAAACUUGUUACAUUUUGGGGACUUUUUCCUGCAGUUUUCUCCCCAUGCUAAGAGCUUGUGGGCUCCAUCCCCGACUCAGUGCCCCAUGCAAUGAGUUACCAGGCAGGUUUAUGGGAAGAAAUCUUAGUUUGCCCCUCACCCUCAUCUGCUUUUCCACCUCCUCCAUGUCACACCUCCAUGCAGCCAAAACAGAGCCCCUGAGCAAGAGAAACAGCAAUGGGGUGGAUUUGUACAUCUGGCAGAGCACCCUAUGCCAGGAGCAAAUGCUGCUGAGCAUCACGGCUUGUCCUGGACCGUGACUUCCCUGGAGCAGCAUCAGUUUGUGGGGACAGUGCUGGGAAGUCCCGGCAAGAUUUAACAUCUUACAGUGAGGAGGAAAAGUGCCUGGAGGGCUCUGCAGACAGACAGGUGUUUUUUUGAGCAGUAUCCACCCAGCAGUGGCCACCGGUGCCUGGCAACAGAUAAAGGGAAAGAAAUCUCUGGGCAGACAGAAAAGUGGCCAAACACAUCCUGGCCCCAAAGCCUUUUCCCAAAGAGGGUGGCUAGCACAGGCAGCUGGUUGCUCUGGCUUUCCCUGAGGCCAAAGGGAGGGAUGCAGUGGCUUUUAGCCCCCAGUGAUGGGGAAACUCCUCCUUUCAGCACUAAGCCGUGAGAGGUUUGGAGCAUUGCGCUCCCCAUCCCGACUGGGUGCACCGAGACCCUGGGGUGGGGGGGGGAAGGUGCUGACCCUCCCCGGGAAGGCAAAGCCCCAUCAGCCCAGCAAAGGUAAUAUGCGAGCAGGCAGAUGUGGGUGGUUGGGUGGACAACCAGCUGUAAGAGUGUAGCUCUUAUGGCUUGUGAGCGUUAGGAUUAUUCUGUACAGCACACACCCCGUGCAUGACAAGUCAGUAGGAUUAGGGAACCACUGGAUUAGUGAAACCAACACUUGUUACCAAGCUGAUACUCAAACCGUGCUGCUUGGGUUCCUAAAGACAGCUCUGUGUUUAGAGAAAUUUAGCUGCCGUCAUGUUUCCGUGCAGUCUCUUUUUGUAAAGGGCUUGGCCAGGGGGAUGCAAACCUCCCCCUGCCUCAAGCCUUCGGCAGCGUGCUGCUGCCUGAGUGGAAAGUUACCCUGACAGCUCCUUGAGCCUAAUUAAAUGCAGGAUAUAAACAGCAUCUCUGAUACAAAUCAAGCAAAGGACACUCAGAGCCCUCCACAGUGGCUCAUCUCUGACAAACAGGGGAAAACCCAAAAAUGUCUCUUUAUAUGCCCUGUGUACGAGAUCCUCAUAAGUCAUUGGUCUUUCAGAUCCAGUUUUCCUUCCUUAUUUUCCAAAGAACUCAGCUGUUUCUUGGGCUAAUCUGGCCAAGAGGCAAACAGUGAGAUUUAGCUGAGGAGGUGGGCGAAGGUGUAGCUGGAGUUGGGCGAGGCAAUGGUACCUGCCUUGCCUGCAUCCAUCCUCCCCCUGCACGUGCCCUUGGGUAUUUGAGGUGCUCAUGUCACUGGACCAGGGCAUCCCUCGGUAUUUUGAGAAGCAUUUUUGCUCAAGUUUGGUGGAAGUUUCUCCGUAGCGCCCAGAGUUGUAGAAGAGGUGGCCAAGCAUGGUCUCGUUUAGUGCAGAAGAGGCCAAAAAUACUGGCACAGCGAUUGCUAUUUGCUUCAUCAAGUGGAAGUAACUGGGCUGGAGCAUCAUCCUUGUCCCCAUCGAGCGUGGGGCUGCGAUGUCCCAGCACUCUGGCAGAGUCAGGGAAGAAAAUUAGCCACUGGCUGCCUCCUCCUUCCAAAACUACACAGAAUUAAUAACAAUACAUUCUCCCCAGGCAGCUUCACCUCUGAGAAGCUUCACACUAGGCUCCUUGAUCUUCAUCCUCCAUUAGCAAGGAUUAACCCAAGCCUACAGAGAGAGGAAAAAAAAAAUUCUUUUUAAAAUGUGUUUAUUUUCUUUAUUUAUUCCUUUAGAAAAAGCAAGUGGAAGCUGUUGCCUUUGUACAUUGGGGAAACUGAGGCACAAACAAAGCAGGGCCAAGUGCCGCAUAGAAGGGAAGAGUUUGGGCAGAAAAAACAACCCCACAGAAGUGGAUUUUAAACUUCAGCAGGGUUUACUUAAAACUGGGCUGCUCUGGGACCUGCACGUCCAGGACAGUCUCCAGUCUGCUUGCACUUCCUCCAGCUCAGAGGUGGCCCUUGUGCCCUGCCAAACAAAUCAGGGUUAAAUAGCAUCCCACCUAUUUGUGCGUGUGCCUGAUUAGCUGGGGAGAUGGGGUCUCCCAGCUGCAGCCGAGCACGGACCUGCUCAGCACAGUGAUGAGCCCCCAGUAAUAAGGGGGGGUCUGGGGACCUAUCCUGGGAAAGAGGGGGUGGGGGGACCCAGCCCAGUCACAGGGUAGGAUGUCAAAGCUUCCAGCAUGACCAGUGGUGUGACCCCCCCCUGCGCACAGCCUGCCCGGGGACAGCAGGGACACAGGGCUAACAUGGGCUGGGCCUGGAAGAGCCAGGCAGGGGAAGGAGGCUGAGGCAGGGACGUGUAGAGUGGGGAUAGACAGGCCAGGAUGGGCAAGAGACAGGCAAAUCAGGGACCUGGACAGGCAGGGGCAGGAUAGGACAGACACUGUUGGGAGGCAGAGCACUUGAGACUGAUGGGAGCUCAGCUGAGGAAGAACCCCCCCAUAUCCCCCAAAGGGGUCCAGCAGUUCCCCCCACACCCCAGGGCACUCCCGGAGGCUGCAGCCCCAUGGCCUCAUGCCCUCUCAGCCAUAUCAUCCCCUUUGGGGGUGGGAUUUCCACCCUGGCUCUGGGCAGCCCUGCAGGGAGCUGGCACAGCACCACCUGGGCAGAUGGGGAAGGACGUGUUUCCACUAAUCUAUCCCAAUCUGGAUUAUUUUUCAAAAUAAACCUGCUUUCCCAGCUGUUUUAAGCAAGUUUUUGGCACAUUGGGGACCAGUGGGAUUCUGGGGAUAGGGGAGAAGCUGGCAGAGUUGGAGGCAAUGGAGUGGAUGUCUGCAGAGUGUCCCCAUGCUACCAGGCUCCCAUCAUUUGCUUGGAGAGCAGGGACCAGAACAACUUUGAGGUGGUUUUGGCAGCACAUCACCCAGCGCACGGGGCUGGGAUCACCGUGUAGUACUUACUGCAGUCAGUGGGGGUCUUUGCUGGAGUUUUCCCCCAUUGAAAGCCACUGAGAAAUACCUUGCAUCAAAGGAUCAAUCUGAUGCCCAUCUCUACCCACCCCAUCUACCAUUUAAGCAGAGCUGGGAAGUUCUGCAGCUCCCAUCAAAAUAAAACAGAACAGAAGAUGCCUCUGGCCAUAGAUAUCCAGGAUGAUCCACGUCAGCUGGUUUCUGAGGGUUUGGAGGUUUCUCAGAGGGCCAGGAUGAGCAGCAUCAACCCAGAGCAGAUCACUAUUGAUCCGUGAUCCUGCAUAAGGAUGCACCAUCACAGAUAACCCCACAGAGCUGCUCCAUUCUUCCAGCACAUUUCCCAAGCACUCACCAACCUGACAUUUACAAAUACCUAUUUUUAGAUGAUCUUCAUCACUUUUAAUUGUUCAGCCUCAGGACACAUCCUCAGCUCAGAGAUAAAACCAGUUCCCUCCCUUCAAUUCUUUCCACUCCUGUGGUUUUACACCGGUGUGGCUGGCCCCAGCCCUUGGCAAUGCUGCCACAUUACAGCUGCUCACAGCUCCAUUCCCUUGCCAUCGUGAUAUAAUUUGCACAACUGCCCUUCCCUUCAGGACAGCUCAAAUUGGCAGACACUUGCAGCUAUCUGGCUUGGGAGAAGUAAGAAGCUGAGGACCGUGAGCACACCAUAAGCUCAGCUCAGUCCUGCCCAGCUCCCUGUCCCUUGCGUAAUGAGGGGACGUCCUUGCAGAGCAGCAAGGUGACAUUGUGCAGUUGGGGUAAGCAAGCUGGGAGAUGGGACCCAAGUUUGCAGCAACAAUCCCAGGUAUUUACCUCCUUUCCUGUCCCUCUUGGCUGUGCAGGAGUGAGAGCUGCUCAGGUUGCCCAUGCCUGGCACACUGGUGGCACUGAGGGAGAAGCAUCACUGCUAUCUCUCUGCUGAGGACCCUGUAUCCCAAUGAUCAAUCAGUAACCCACAAUCAAGGUCUAUCACCCAUGGACCAGAACUGGUGCUCAGGGAACAUGGGCUGAAUUUGGCUGUACUGCUGGGCUUUUGGGUGCUGUUUCUCUCUUGCUUUGUGCCUCAGUUACCCUUUUGGGGACCAGCACAGUUGAGGGUCUACUCUUGACCCCAAGGAUCACGUUCUGGGUGCUGCUGGUCCCAGUCUAACCCCAAGCCCUUUGAAGGGACUUCAGGUGCUCUGGUAUGCUCCAUAUCUUGCUGCAAACACAUAGAAAUCACUCAUUAGCUUUCCCUCAUAAUGCGAUGGAAGCAACCCUCAUCACUUCCUGCUGCUCUGACACAGACACCAGCCCAUGGCCCCCACAAGCAUCCAGGGCACCAGCCACGUCCUCCCAUGGUGAGGUAGAUCCAACUAGCAGGACAUAACCAUGAGACAUGGACACCCUAGAGAUUCUUGUGAGCCCCUGGAAAUGCUGAGCCCAAGGGGCAGACAAUGUGGACUGUACUUGGCACGUUGGUAAUUAAUUUAGUUACUAAAUUAAUAUUUAAAUUGACAAGACUUGAAUGUGAAGCCAAGCACCACUUUCUGCCAGGACUUACCAGCCUCCAGCGACUGUGGCUGCUUCCAGUCUGAUGUUCCUGGGUCCCAGAGCUCAGCUAGCAGCACAGAUGGACCCGGGAGCUUCCAUGCAAUGCUCUGGUUCCCCAAACCGCUCCCACGUUUCCAGGAGUAGGCUGUAUUGUGCUAUUCCUGGAAGAGACGUCCCCGUUGAGCAGGAAUAACAGCAGCAGAACCUUGUCCCAGAGUCCUCCCUGCUGAAGCCCACCCAGCUCCUCUGCACCCCAAACCCAGGGGUGCCCAUCCGAUCCCUUGGUUUUCCACAUGCCUCCAGAGGGGUGCAGCAGGCCAGCUGCAGCAUCUUCCAGGGCUCUACACGGGCUCGUGGUGACAUCCAGUGCCAGGUCCUGUAACUACAGACCAGGGGCUGCUGCAGAGGCUCAGCCAUCGCUCCCUGCCCUGCUGUGUCCGUGGGCGAUGCCACUGCUCCCCUUCCCCCCAACCCAAAUAAACACUUCCAUCGCCACAUCCUUCCACGGUUUUCUCAUUUAAAAACCACUUUGAAUCAUAUAAUCACCAGGUUGGAAAAGACCUCUUGGAUCAUCGAGUCUAACCAUUUCUAUCUGCCUCUAAACCACGUCCCUGAGCACCUCAUCUACCCAUCUUUUAAAUACCUCCAGGGAUGGAGACUCCACCGCCUCCCUGGGCAGUCUCUGCCAGUGCCCCAUGACCCUUUCUGUGAAAAAAAUUUCCUGAUAUCCAGUCUGAACCUCCCCUGGCACAGCUUGAGGCCCUUCCCCUUGUCCUGUCCCCUGUCACUUGGGAGAAGAGGCCAGCUCCCUCCUCUCCACAACCUCCUUUCAGGUAGUUGUAGAGGGCAAUAAGGUCUCCCCUCCGCCUCCUCUUCUCCAGGCUAAACAACCCCAGUUCCCUCAUUCUCUCCUUGUUCUCCAGCUCCUUCACCAGCUUCGUUGCUCUUCUCUGGACACGCUCCAGAGCCUCAACAUCCUUCUUGUAGUGAGGGGCCCAGAACUGAACACAGGAUUCGAGGGGUGGUCUCCCCAGUGCUGAGUACAGGGGGAGAAUAACCUCCCUGGACCUGCUGGCCACGCUGUUUCUGAUACAAGCCAAGAUGCCAUUGGCCUUCUUGGCCACCUGGGCACACUGCUGGCUCAUGUUGUCACCAUCAAUCAACACCCCCAGGCCCUUCUCCUCCAGGCAGCUUUCUAGCUACUCUUCCCCUGGUCUGUAGCACUGCACAGGGUUGUUGUGCCCCAAGUGCAGGACCCGGCCUUUGGCCUUGUUAAACCACAUGCCAUUGGUCUCAGACUGUAGGUCCAGCCUGUUCAAGUCCCUUUGGAGAACAAUGCUGCAAGGGUGCGGUUAAGUUUCUCCCUGGAAAGCACCAUCUGUUGCACCAUCAGUGCAGCAUGGGGGAUAAUUCAGGGCUAAUUCUGGUGAUCUGGGAGAUGGAGAGGGGCUAUGGUAUUGAGCAGGGGGGACUCUUCAGUUUUGGCAAGGAGAAAAAAUAAUGACUCACCUGCAGAACCCCCACAGAUGGAGCCUGCAGCCAUCACUGAAGGGAUGUGGGAAUCGUCCUGGACUUGCUGUGCCCUCAGGAACCAUCUUGUACCAACCUUGACAACGAUUUAUAGCCUUAAAAUAUUAAAGCCAAGCCAGGGUGAAAUCAACUGUGGUCUCCAAGUUUGAUGUAAGAACUCCACAAAAUCCCC